CUGUGUAAUAAUAUAACAAUGUAAAAUGUCAACAUAAAUAGUUAGAUACUGACUGAUUUGUGUUCCAAAAUGGCUUAGCAUACAAGAAAGGAAAGAGAAAAAAAAGGGUAGUCACUUAUGGCAGAGCAUUAGUAUCUAAAAUUCCAGUGAUAGAUAGUGAUCUUUUUUUUUUGACAAUGUUUCCAAAGUUUCUGUCUGCCAAAUUAGAAUAAAAGUUACCAAUGUAUGCUUGAAUUAUUUGACCAUGUCGCUGUGAACACCUAAUAAAUAAAUAAUUCAUUUCCUCUUUGAUUCGAUUAGUGAGUAACAAAAAGCUGUGGUCGUUUUUUGCAUGUGUAUACUCAGACAACCUGUUUGGUGGAUUGUGCUGACAGCUUCUGUGUGUGGGUGUGUGUGUGCCCGUGCGUGUGUGUGUGUGUGUGUGUGUGUUGCUUUGUAGGAGAGGAGACGGCUGCAGAAGGACAUACUGCAGCUCAACACCUACGUGGCUUUGUUCACAUUCACACCCCAGGAAAGUGAAGACCUGGAGAUGAGACCCGGAGACAGAAUCGUACUGGCGGACGACUCCAAUGAUGAUUGGUGGAAGGGCGUGAUCGAGGACAGGAUCGGUUUCUUCCCAGCAGCCUUUGCUCACCAAGUGAAGGCCGGGGACAGAGUGUUCAGGUGUCACCGGACGUUCAUCGGCUGCAAGGAGCAAGGCCAGAUCACCCUGAAGGAGGGACAGAUUUGUGUAAGCGGUGAGGAUGAACACAGUGGCUUCAUCCGAGUUGCCAGUGGAAAGAAGAGAGGCUACGUGCCCUGUGAUGUCCUGGAGAACAUCUGAGAGAGAGAGAAAUAGAAAGAGCCGGAGAGAGAUAACGGGAGGAAGAGAAGGAGAGAGCGGAGGGAGGAGAGGCACAGUGGCACACUCCCAUGGUGCACAGGGAUGGCUCUGACAGUAGUUCUGAUCAGCCGCCAACCUCUCAGGCGCGGGGAGGAGGAUGAUUGUAGUUACAAAAUGGCCACCUGAGACCAUGGAGGAAACCUCUGUUGAGCUGUGACUCCAAACUCCAAAAUGUUGCUGUUGCCAUUAAGGGAAUGGCUUUGUCAGAAGUCAGAGCCAACCUUCCCAUUUCCUUUCAGUUAGAAAGGGAACAUUUUGAGACGGAUCAGAUAACCUGAAUUUCUGGUCACAGGGAGGGAGAGUGGGGUCAUUGUAUCACUGGAUUUGGUUUGAUUUUGUUUGAUUUAAAUAACUACUGUGCAUUGUUUGUUCUUUGUGUGACUUCCCAUUGGAGAAUACAGGUGACACAUCAUGCAUGAAUGUACUAAAUGUACUCCUGUGUCUACCAAAAUAAGCAUUUGUUUGCAUACUUUUUCAGCAUCUUUCUUUAUGCAUACAUUCUUGCUUAUAUAGCGUCAGUUGCAGUAUGUUUCAACCGCCUGUUUAUUCUAUGCCCAAAUGUUCAAACACUUGUUCUCUAUAUCAAAUAAUUGCCUAUAGGCCUAGAUUCUACUCUGAAAUAAUUAAAUCAUAUUUUAUUCACAUUACUUUGAUGCAAGCGGUUGAGGUUACAAACAGCGUAUUUAUUUAGACAAGUCCCUUUUCUUCUAUGCUCGUACAAUGGCUCCAAUGAGCCUUGAUAGCCUCUAGCUCACAAUUAAAGGCCCAUUCUCCUGAGACAGAGUUAUUUUAUCAGACCCUCUGAUACAAAGAAUUCCAUACGUUGGUUUUGUCACUGGAGAGGAACAACAAAAAGAAUCAGACGAAGCAGAAAUGAAUCAAGAUUCUGAGGGGAGUAUUUUUCAAAGGAGUCAGACGCAAUCAAAGAUGAGGAAUUCCUUUUUCUUUCAAAGAAAUACUGUAGCCUUUUGUACAAAUCUAGCUAGCGAUGUAUCUAGUCUAGCUGCUUACCCAUCGUAAGACAAACUUCUGACUCAUGAAAACACUACAAAGGACUACAAUGAAGAUCCUUUCUAAAAACCUGUCAAAGAGAUUAUUUUGAAUAUUUGAAACAAUGAAUACCUAAUUUGCUAGUUGAAGUCUGAUGAUAAUGUUCUCUUCAGGUAGUUUCUUGUUUUGAUUUGUAAAGGAUAAUGGAUUUGAUAAGAAAGGAUGUGAAUUUACUAUAAGAAGUGGGAAACCUCUGAUAAGUGGUUGUAUUUGAAUGUAUGUCAUCAAAUCUGCAUACCUGUUAUUUCAAGGUAUUUGAUCACAAUCGUUUCAGUGAAACUCAAGUUAAUGGGGGUAUAUGACAUCUAGAGUAUAACAAUUAUACAGUAUCUUCAGAGCAGCUUCAAUGCAUGAGCUACAUGAAAUUUGGUUUUGAUUUACAUUCAUGUAUGCUUACUCCAAUUGCACUAAAUGGUCACUCAGAUAUGUCUAUACACUUAUUCCAAAGUAAACUUUCUAGCAAAUGCUGAAGAACAUUUUACGUCAGCUCAAGACAUGCUUGUUGACAUGUAACAACUCUAUCUAUCCCUUUAUUGCAAUAUUAUCACACUGUGCUAUUCCUUUCUCUUCACUGAGAUGUUCUUUUAAGAUUUCUUGUUCAUCAUGUAUAUUUGUUUUCUGUUUUAAAAUAUUGUUACAAAUGAACUGUUAAUGGAAAGGUAUGUUAGUA